AUGGCAUCAGUAGACGUCAACGCCGGUUUUGCUGGCCGCAAGACUGCAGCUAUUCGGAAUUUCAACACCAAUCCUCGUUUGACGUAUAAAACUGUUACUGGUGUCAAUGGACCUUUGGUUAUACUCAGUGAUGUAAAGUUCCCGCAGUAUUCCGAAAUCGUAGAGUUGACUCUUCCUGAUGGUACAAAGCGUUCUGGACAGGUUCUGGAAAUUACUCGCAAUAAAGCUGUGGUUCAAGUAUUCGAGGGCACUGCUGGCAUCGAUGCAAAAAACACGGUUUGCGAGUUCACUGGUGAUAUUUUGCGAACUCCUGUUUCUGAGGAUAUGCUUGGUCGCAUAUUCAAUGGUUCAGGGAAACCAAUUGAUAAAGGACCACCAGUUCUAGCGGAAGAUUUCUUAGAUAUUGAUGGGCAGCCAAUCAACCCGUGGUCCCGUAUAUAUCCAGAGGAGAUGAUUCAGACUGGUAUUUCGGCGAUUGAUGUCAUGAAUUCUAUCGCGCGAGGGCAAAAAAUCCCUAUCUUUUCUGCUGCAGGUUUACCUCACGAUGAGAUAGCCGCUCAAAUCGUACGCCAGGGAGGUCUUGUAAAACUACCAGAUCGUCCCACAGAUGCUAAGGAAGAUAACUUUGCUAUUGUUUUUGCCGCUAUGGGUGUCACUAUGGAGACAGCUCGCUUCUUUAAGCAGGACUUUGAGGAGAACGGAUCUAUGGAGAACGUGUGCUUGUUUCUGAACCUUGCCAAUGAUCCAACCAUUGAGCGUAUUAUUACGCCACGGUUAGCCUUGACCACUGCCGAGUUCUUGGCUUACCAGUGUGAGAAGCAUGUGUUGGUCGUGCUUACCGACAUGUCCUUGUACGCAGAAGCUUUGCGAGAGGUAUCUGCUGCUCGUGAGGAAGUGCCUGGUAGACGUGGUUUUCCUGGUUACAUGUACACUGACUUGGCUACAAUAUAUGAACGUGCUGGUCGUGUUGAAGGUCGUAAUGGCUCCAUCACCCAGAUCCCAAUUUUGUCCAUGCCGAAUGACGAUAUCACACAUCCCAUCCCCGACUUGACUGGUUAUAUUACUGAGGGGCAGAUUUACGUAGACCGGCAGUUACACAACAGACAAAUCUACCCACCGAUUAAUGUAUUGCCAUCGUUGUCGCGACUAAUGAAGUCGGCUAUUGGCGAAGGUAUGACGCGCGAGGAUCAUGCUGACGUUUCUAACCAGUUGUAUGCUUGUUAUGCUAUUGGGAAGGAUGUACAAGCAAUGAAGGCAGUCGUUGGUGAAGAAGCACUGUCUUCUGAUGAUCUUUUGUACAUAGAGUUCCUUGCUAAGUUCGAAAAGAAUUUCAUUUCACAAGGUAACUAUGAAAAUCGGACAGUUUUUGAGUCACUCGACAUUGGAUGGCAGCUUUUACGAAUCUUUCCUCGAGAGAUGCUAAAACGUAUCCCUGUGGCAAUUCUUGACAAAUAUUACCCAAGAGGAGGUGCAGCUAAGGAUUCUCAUGCACAGUCGCAAACGAAUCAAGACUCAAAGAAGUCACAUUAG